AAUCCAAACCCGAGCAUAUUGGGAUCCGAAAACUACGGCCUGGUCGACUUCCUACGCUCUUGGGCCUACGGAAACGUCCCGCUAAUGUCGUUGAGGUUACCUCGGCCGGGCAUCCGUAGAGUCUUGAAGCAGGCCAACAGCGGAGUGGAGCGUGUUCAUUACAGAGACCUGCGCGCCAAUGGCUGUGAUAUGCAAGGCCUAGACUGGGACAGUAUGAACACGGCCCGCUACUACGCCAGAGAAAUUCGUCGACAAACGUACAGGAACUACGUCAACAGGCCUGGCUCUGAUAUUUACGUAAACAAAAUUCCUUCGACCGAGAACUUCUUCAGAUUCUACAGGAUGGACGUUCGACGAGACAUUAGUCUUGCCCAUUUCCAGCUCCGGAGCGUUCUUGCCUGUCCUACUCGGACACAGGCGUUUUACCCCAGCGUCCAUGGCAUAAACGUGAUGAAUACGGCGACGAAAAAAACCACAUUGGCCAUGGAUCUACGCGCAUUUUCUGGUAUGACGGGCCCGGCAAUCUCAACACUGGAUGCCGGCUGCGGCUUGUUGAUGAGUGGUACAUUCGGCGGCGACUACUUUCUGCAGUCGCUGAGCAAUGAAGACAGGAGGAACUACUCCGAGGGGCAAAUAUCUACUAAUAUCAGCGGUAUCACCAACCACAUCAAGAUAUACAAGCCGAGGAGAUCCGAUAGCCCCGCUGCCGCCAUCGCAAGCAAUGACAAUCGUUUCCGCCUCAUGGACCUUCGGACAGAAAAAUUCACCUCUACCUUCACAUACCCUUUUGCGCUAAAUUGCUCGGCCAUGUCACCAGAUGGUCGACUGAGGGUCGUUGUGGGCGAUGACCUGAAUGUCUUAAUCACCAACGCAGAGACGGGAGAAGUCCUACAGAAGCUGGACGGGCACCGUGAUUACGGCUUUGCCUGCGACUGGUCAGACAAUGGCUGGACAGUUGCCACCGGAUUCCAAGACAAGACUAUCAAGAUCUGGGACGCUCGACGCUGGCAGAAUUCAAGUGGCAUCACCUCACCGAUCUGCACAAUAAAUACCGAGAUGGCUGGUGUCCGAAAUCUGCGCUUUUCGCCAACAGGUUGUGGCAAGCCGAUCCUUGCUGCUGCCGAAGAGGCUGACUAUAUCCACCUGAUUGAUGCCGGCACUUUCGGGUCUAAACAAACCAUCGAUAUCUUUGGUGAGAUUGGCGGUGUGGCAUUUACCAACGACGGUCAGAAUCUCAACGUCCUCUGCUGUGACGCUCACCGUGGCGGACUGCUGCAGUUUGAGCGCUGUAGCUACGGAGUUGAUGAGCCUCUCUCAGCAGGA